UCUUCCUGUUGGCUGCUGUCCUGUAUUGGCUGAUUUGACUGUUAAUGACACCUGGUUUAUUUAUAUUUAACUAACGUGAUAUAAAAAUGUUCCAUAACGCCAGGCUUUUCCAGCACGUACUAGUGAUUCUGCAAGACUGGUCAACAAGAAAGAUGCUGUCUUCACGUGCAGCGGUCCGUGGUCUCCAGCUAUUCACCUGGAGGAGUCUGUCAACUUCAACCUGUGUGCAGGGAGCUCAUACAAAAGAUGUAGCCACAAGCUCCAUUGACUGUUCCGAGCCACAGUACAACGAUCGUAUGGACACGCCACUCCCAGACAUCCCUUAUGUUCCAAAAUUCAACGCUGAGCAGAGCAAGCUGAAAGAAAAGGAGAAGGAACCAUGGACCCAGCUGACUAAAGAGGAGAAGCUUGCAUUGUAUCGCCUGAGCCACAGGCAAACUUUUGCAGAGAUGAAGAAGGGAUCAUCUGUGUGGAAGACAGUGGUGGGGGGGUUGUUCUUCUUCCUCGGAUUCACUGGGCUUAUGAUCUGGUGGCAACGUGUGUUUGUGUUUGGUAAACCACCGCAUACCCUGUCUGAGGAGUGGGUUGCUAUGCAGACUCAGAGAAUGAUUGACAUGAGGGUGAAUCCUGUCUUGGGGUUCUCUUCUGAAUGGAACUACAACACCAAACAGUGGAAAAAAUAAUCCAGGACCCAGUAAAUCCCCUCAUGUUUACUGUCUACUUGGUAUAUGCUUUUUUAGUGAACAAAAUGACUUGUGUUACAAGCAUUGUACCAGUAUGUUUGUAGUUUUGACCUUUACACAGAUUAAUAAAGAUCUGAAAAAUAAUUAAUUGUUUUUGUAUGAGUUUAUGUGGAGCAGAAUUUUAUUUUACAUACGGUAAUAACAACCUAAUUUUCAAAUAAUAAUAAUAAUAAUAAUAAUAAUAAGGCUGUAAUUCUAUUGAGGGUUUCUGGUGACAUAUAAAUCAUGAGAGCGCUAGCUCGAGUCACCAUUGAUUAUAUGUAUAUUAUUUGUUAUAAUACAUGGUGACAUGACAGAAAUUGUAGAAUUAGCAGGGUCAAUUGGGGAUCUGUGUAUUUUGCCCGUCCACUUUUUGUGCUCUGUGUAUAUGCAGUAUUAUUCAAUGUUUUGUUAUGGUUUGGCAUUUAAACGGUUUAAAAUGAAAUA